UGGAUCAUGGCCAGGUAUUGAAGAACCCAAAAUCGGAGUCGACUCAGAUGCCUGUUUGGAAUCUUCUCAACCAAUCACCCUAACAGCCAUUUGCCCCCACACGUUACUAACACAACCGUCUUCUUAAAUGGCCGUUUACUUGUUCCAUCCUCUCUUUGCCUCCGCCGAGUUCUCUUCCUCAGUCCACCUUUUCCCACUGUAGAGCAAUGUCAUCAACCGCCAAUGUUUUGUACCGCCCACCCUUCCAAGAUCUUCCCAGUUUUCGUACUAAGCUCAAGUCUAUAAAUUCUGCAUUCGCCGUCGGUUUAUCUGUGUCAAAAUCGGGUUCCUUUGGUGGGUUUGUCUCGAGCAAACGUUUUUGUGAUAGAAAUAGAUUCAAGGGUACGAACCCCAUGACUGAAUUGAUUAAAGUUUCUGCUUUCAAAGGUGGUGACCAUGAUGAAGGUAUUAGCGUGCUUUCUCAGGAAACUAUAGUAGAUGGGUCGUCUAGGUUUCCUCGGGAGUUUAUGGCUGAUGGGCUGGAACCUACUCUUAAUCGAAUGAGCAAGUGGCUUGUAGCUGCUCUUUUUGGUGGUGUCAUUCUUUUGAGGCAUGAUUCAGAAGCUUUGUGGGCUACUAUGGGGUCGGUUGUAAAUUCUGCGUUUUCAUUGGUACUCAAGCGGAUUUUAAACCAAGAGCGGCCUGUUUCUACAUUGAGAUCUGACCCUGGGAUGCCAUCUUCACAUGCACAAUCCAUCUUCUUCACUGUUGGGUUUUCUAUUCUGUCAAUUGUGGAAUGGCUUGGGAUAAAUGACUUUACAGUAAUCAUCAGCAUUCUUGUCUUGGCUUUUGGUUCAUAUCUUACAUGGCUGCGGGUCUCGCAACAAUUCCACACAGUUAGCCAAGUUGUUGUGGGUGCUGUCUUGGGAUCCAUCUUCUGUAUUUUGUGGUUAUGGUUUUGGGAUGCUUUUGUCCUACAAGCAUUUGAUUCCAGUUUAUGGGUUCGAAUAGUUGUUGUUCUGGUAGCUGUUGGGUUUUGCCUAGGUUUUCUUGUACAUGUAGUUCGUAAUUGGUUUCGGGAUGAAAUUCUCUAAUUAAAAAAAAAAAAAAAUAUUACUUGAAACCAAGAUGCAUUAUUUUACCCUGGGGUUUCUUGUAUACGCAGUUCAUUAUUUCGGUUUCAGGAUGAACGAUGCAAGCUCAAACAAAUGUUGCACAUCAUACAAUAAAGGCCUUUGCCUUUUAUGUUACAAAUCAGAUAGUAGCAGCAGGAGUAAUAACUCUGAGCUGCGAAGCCACACUUUUCAUAAAUCUUCAGAUUGUACAGCAGGUUAGUUGUCUCAUUCGUGGUUAAGAGAACUUGAGAUUAGGCUGCUGUGAAUGGUAUUUUCCUUUUCUUGUAAUUUCAAUGAAUUAGACAUUAUAUAAAUGUAUGAGCAGAUCAAUUGUUUUGGAUGUCA